AUGCAUAUCACUGCAUUAAUCCUCACAUUCGCGACCUUCAUCUUGAGCGCUACCGCAGGUCCAGUCGCUAUCGCAGCACUAUCUUCAGAACUUGCCAAUCGCGGAUUGGACGAGCUCCACUGCUGCAAGGACAACGGUCGCGGUUGGCAGUAUGCCCCAUACGCCGAGUUUCAAACAGCUUACAAUCGUUUCCGUGGUCCUGGUACCAUUUUCGUUCCGCAUGGUUGUACUGCAGUUACUGGAUGUAACAAUGGAGCCGAGACGCUUGUUUGUAACGACCACCAACGCGUAGCCAUGGUUGAGCUAUCCACUUUCGCCCAAUUCUUUGACACAGUCGCUGGCCAAUGUGUUAGUUGGGAGACUGGUGUCCCGUCGGUCUGCGGCCAAGCUUUCAAUAAUGAGCAUCGAUAUAAUCUCGUCUUGAAGAAAUGCAAUUAUUAA